AAAGCUGAUUCUGAGGGAGCUUGUCAGUAUUCAAUAUGUGUUGGUUAAGGACAGUUGUCAUAAGUUUUAUUGUUGGUACGGUGGUGGGGGGUCGAGAUUUCCCCCCUGAUUUCAAAUUCGGUGCAGCAACAGCUGCGUACCAAGUCGAGGGUGCCUGGAAUGUUAGUGAUAAAUCACCGAGCAUCUGGGACAGUUAUAUACGGAGAUACCCUGAGAGGAUCAUAGAUGGGUCUUCUGGAGACGUCGCUUGUGACAGCUAUAACCAGUGGAGGAAAGAUGUUGAAAUCGCAAGCAAUCUUGGUUUGCAUUUCUAUAGGUUUUCAAUUGCAUGGACCCGGUUAAUGCCAUCCGGUUUCCCGAAUACUGUCAGUGAAGACGGAAAAAAAUUCUACAAUGACCUGAUUGACGCUUUGCUCGAAAAGGGCAUCGAACCUGUUGUCACGCUUUAUCAUUGGGACUUGCCGCAAUCAUUGCAGGACUUAGGUGGUUGGACAAAUCCUCUAGUAUCUGAUUGGUUUGCGGACUACGCACGCAUCGCCUUCUCGCUCUUCGGUGAUCGUGUCAAGACCUGGAUAACCCUAAAUGAACCAAUAAUCUUCUGCGAAAUAGUCUACAAUACCGCUAUGCACGCUCCAGGAAUUCUUAGUGCAGGAGUAGGGAACUACCUCUGUAACAAGCACGCUAUGCUCGCCCAUGCCAAGGCUUGGAGAAUAUAUGAUGAAGAGUUCAGACCUAAAUACAAUGGCAAAGUGUCACUAUCAAAUCAAAUAUUGUGGCUUGAACCGGAAAACGAAAAUGACGUCGAAAUUACGGAAACAUCGAGACAAUUAAUGGUGGGUAUGUUCUCUCAUCCAAUAUUCUCCAAAGAGGGAGGAUGGCCGCCAGUCAUUGAAAAAAUAAUUGCAGAGAAAAGCAAGAAAGAAGGCUUAUCGAAAUCAAGAUUACCGCCUUUUACUCAAGAAGAAAUAGAUUUCGUUAAAGGAACAUACGACUUCUUCGCUUUAAACUAUUAUACUUCAAGGACCGUGAAAAAAGCGAAGGAAGGAGAUCGCAUCGGUCCAUGGCCAAUGAAUGGUGCAUCUGAUCUAGACAUCCACCUUACUGUUAGACCCGAAUGGAAACAUGCAGCUACUAGCUGGUUCUAUAUAUACCCUGAAGGACUUCGUCGUCAGCUAGCCUGGCUGAAGGAGCAUUACGGAGACAUUGAAAUACUCAUCACUGAGAAUGGCUAUGCAAGUUACGACAUCAGUGAAGACGACCCAGACCGCGUACAGUAUUAUAAGGAACAUUUGGAACAGGUCCUUCUUGCAAUUGAAGAUGGAGUCAAGGUAUCGGGGUACACAGCCUGGACGAUGAUUGACAAUUUCGAAUGGUCUGAUGGUUACAGAUCCAAGUUCGGGUUAUACAAAAUCGACUUCGAAGACCCUCUACGCAAGCGCUCGCCUCGAGCCUCCGCACACUAUUACUCAAGCGUUGUUAAAAGUCACUCGUUAGAUGUAGAUAAUAAAUUUACAGAUGAGCUUUAGAUUUUAUAUAAUUUUAUUGAAAUAUAUUUAUACUUUUUUGUAAUGAAAAA